AAUCCCCAGAGUUUAUAAUUUAAUCCUUAAAUAUCAGAUUAAAGUGAAAUACUUUUCGUUUUGAAACCUGGAAAAACAAAAACCCAAUCAGCUCCCGUUUAGCGCCCAUGGCUCCCAAAACUCGCAGCCAAAAAGACUACAAUGGCGCCCAAAACGACAGCAAGGAUGGCGGUUCAUCUUACUUCCAGAAAACAGUUUCUUUGCACGAUUGGUGGUUGGUGAAAGCUGACAAAGAUUUUGAAGGGAAGAGAUUAGCUGUUGCAGGGUCCACAUCAAGAGAGUUAGAAGCCGUUCGGUUGUUUACCUCAGCACCGAUUGUGAAAAGAUACGAUGUUUUUACUCUGGAGACAGCUGAUGGGAUUUGUGUUUGCAUCAAAGGUUUCAUCAAUAGACAUCGUACCGAAGAAAAUGGGUUUUCUUCUGAGGUAUCAAAGGUCUUCACUCAUUUCUCCUUUGGCUUUCCUCCUUACUGGGAAGAAUAUGCUAAAAAGUGUUUGGGGGAAAAUGGUACCACUGACAUUGAAUUAGAAGUUGUCCGCAAUCCUAGCAAGCCAGCGAGAGAUUCAGAUCCUAGCUUAAUUUUGACUCCAAUUGAGCAUGUGGAGGUUGCUAGUCAAGAUAAGCAUGUUCAAAUGAGCUGUUUUCAGACUGCAUCAAAAGGUUCUGAUGUGCUCAACCCUGCUGUUAACUUGUCAAGUAAGGUUGAAAAGAGAUCAAACCUCAACAUUGGAGUUGCAAUUGAUUGUUCACAUAAUUUAUCUGAGCAAAUUGCUGCUGCUGUUGAUGCCUCAAAUGCUUCCAAUACACAGGACCCUGCAGCUAAGUUGUUAACAUCUGUUGAAGAGAGAAUAAAUCAUUCUCCAUCGAACAUAGAAACUGAUAAUGUAAAUGUCAGGAAAAAGAAAAAUAGAGCAAACAUCAGCCCCUAUAUUUCUGGAAAUAGAAGAACCAGAAGUCAGAUUAUAAAAGGCAGUCCAAAUGAGAGCUCUGGGGUUGGAUGUUCUAUGACUCCAAAGGAAAGAGCUUCAGCGACAGAGCUUCAAGAUGAGCAAAAACUAAGUAGGAGAAUAACACGCAGCUUUCCCUCUAUGUUAAGCCAUGUCAAUGAAAGAUGCUCAUCCGGGAAGGAGACUCGGAGAAAACUUGAUUUUGAAAAAGUUGCAAGUCCUGUAUCCCGAGAAAGAAAAGGGAAGCAAUCUGUUAUCUCUCCUGAGUCUCUGAGUCUCAAAUGUUCAAGAUCAGGUAGACUCCUCUUACCUCGAUUGGAAUUUUGGCGCAACCAAAUUGCGGUUUAUGAUCAGACUCGUAAAAUCACAGGAAUUAGGGAAGAGGCGGAUGUCGUGAAACCAUCAGGGAGUAGAUCUGAGCCUCAGAAAAGGCAAAAGCGUCUGUCAAGAGUUUCAUAAAGAGAUUUGGCCUUUACAGUGGAAUUACAAAGCUUAAGAAGGUGGAACUUGCAACAAGGAGUGCCGGUAAUAGAUCAUCAUUUUUGGUCCCAUAUCUCCAUGGUUAUCUGCUCAGCAGUGGGUAGCUUAAAUGGUUUGGUUUUUCCCUUGGUCACCACAUAUCUAUCAUUUCUGGUUAAGCUGUGCUGUAGUGACCAUGUUACUUUAGCUGGUCUCCGAAAUGGGAUCAUUACACAGCCGGCCGUCACUUGUAAAGUUUGUUCUCUCAUCCCUUAUUCCAAAUCUUCUCAGACAAUCAGCAGUAUAUCCUUGUUAACUCGUUCAUAUGCUGUAAACAUGAAUUUGACUAGUGAUUGUAAAUGAUUGGUAUGGUAAAUAGGAAUCAGGCAAUUGUUUUUGCA